CCUAAUUAGUUUGAUGGCAAGUUUUCGAGAUGGAUCACUGGAACAUUAAAGUUGUUCUUAAAUUGGUGUACCUAGUUGGGAUUCAUCCUAGUUAUCAUGGAACUUUUAUUCAAACUGUUUUACUUCUGAUUUCUCUUUGUUCAAUUGCUACAACCAUAAGUCUAGUUAUCGCGCUGUUUAUCUAUGAAGAAAAUUUAAAAUUGUUAGAUUUUACAGAGGGCAUGCAAGCUUUAAUGUUUUGCGUACAUAUUUCAAUUAAACUUUUGUGGUUUUAUAAACAGCAUGAUAAAAUAAUCGAUUUAUUAAAAGAUGGCAAGCAAUUUUGGAACGUCAAUGAACUGGAAGAUGAAAAAGAAAAAAAGCAAAUUUUGAAGUACUUGUGGUAUCUGAAAACUAUCUUGGGCUAUUUUUUAGCACUUGCCAUACCAACAUCUUUAAUGAUUAUAUUGAGGCCGUUACUGCAACAAGGGGCAUUACCGUUUAAAAGUUAUACACCAGAAAAUAAAUACUAUUAUUAUCCAAUAGUUGCAGCUGAGCAAUACACGAUGGUAAUCAUAUAUUGUGGUUGUAUUUCGUUUGAUACCUUUUUCGGAUCAACGAUAAUUUUGACGGCCAUUCAGUUUAAAAUGUUAAACAAAGAAAUUCAAAGAGUGUUAGCCAGUACACUUGUAAACGAAGAAGAUCAAAGAUUGGUACGAAUCAAAUUGAAGAAGUGUAUUGAACAUCACAAUUUUUUGCUAAAUUUUGUUAAAAAAAUUAAUAAUACUAUAUCUCUUGGACUGUUGCUAUUUACUGGAGUCAUCAUACUAUCAAAUUGUAUAGAAUUUUUUGCUAUUGUAAGUGGUCAACCAACCAAUGAAUUUUUUAAAAGUCUAUUCUACAUUAUAAGCCUGACUAAUGAAUUUGUGGCUUUCUAUAUAGUUCCUGGACAACUUCUUACGGCAGAGGCAGAUAAAAUGGAGAAAGUGGCUUUUGAAAGCCAAUGGUAUAGGAACUUAAAGUUCAAUAAACCGAUAAUUAAUAUGAUCAGCUGUAUAGGCCAGAGACAAGUUUAUGUUCAUGCCUUUAAUAUAAUAAAUUUGAGUUUCGCUAGUGGACUACAGGCAUACAAAACAAUGAUUUCAUAUUAUAUGUUUUUAAGAACAAUGAAUAAAGAUAGGAAUUGA